GAUCCCUUUGUCAUCUAUAAAAAGAGAGAAAUAUCACCAAUGAAAGGCACAACGCUGUCGAAUAUUCAAUCGUCUCAUCAACAUCGAUUGUUCGCUUCUCCAUCUCUUCUGUUUGUAAUUUGAAGCCAAAUCAAAAUGAGCUUGUGGUGGGCCGGAGUUGCUAGCGCUGCCACGAAAAAAUUGGAAGGAGUUGACGCGUCAUCAUCACGAGGUCAUCAAAGCGUGGCGCUAGUGGUCGGCGUGACGGGCAUAGUGGGCAACAGCCUAUCUGAAAUCCUCCCACUCCCUGAUACCCCCGGCGGUCCGUGGAAAGUGUACGGGGUCGCACGCCGCCCCCGCCCAAACUGGAACGUUGAUCAUCCUGUUGACUACAUCCAAUGUGACGUGUCUGAUGCGGAAGACACCAAAAUCAAGCUGUCACAAUUAACCGAUGUCACGCACAUAUUUUACGUGACAUGGACCAGUAAAGCCACCGAGGUCGAGAACUGCCAGGCCAACGGGGCCAUGCUCCGCAACGUCUUGCGUGCAAUUAUCCCCGUGGCUCCGAACCUCUGCCACGUGUCCUUGCAGACCGGGGCCAAACACUAUAUCGGACCGUUUGAGUCUAUAGGGAAAAUCAAAGCCCACGACCCGCCGUUUACGGAGGACUUGCCCAGGCUUGACGUGCCCAAUUUUUACUACACUCUUGAAGACAUUUUAUUCGAAGAGGUUGAGAAAAAAAAGGGUUUAACUUGGUCGGUACAUCGGCCUAAUAAUAUUUUUGGGUUUUCCCCUUAUAGCUUGAUGAACAUAAUCGGUGCGCUUUGUGUUUAUGCUGCUAUAUGUAAGAAGGAAGGAAGACCAUUGAAGUUUCCCGGUAGCAAAGCGGCUUGGGAGUGUUAUGCGGUGGCUUCGGAUGCAAAUUUGAUAGCGGAGCAGCAUAUAUGGGCGGCGGUGGAUCCGUAUGCGAAAAACGAAGCGUUUAAUGUGAACAAUGGGGAUGUGUUUAAGUGGAAGCAUUUUUGGAAGGUGUUGGCUGAGCAGUUUGGGAUUGAGGAGUAUGGGUUUGAUGAGGAGGAGGGUGGUAGGCUGAGGUUGGUGGAGAUGAUGGAGGGGAAAGUUGGUGUGUGGGAGGAGAUUGUGAGGGAGAAUGAGCUGCAGCCGACCAAGUUGGAGGAGGUGGCGGUGUGGUGGUUUGCUGACUUAGUGUUUGGUGGGGAGGCUGUGUUGGACAGUACGAAUAAGAGCAAAGAGCAUGGCUUUUUGGGGUUCAGGAAUUCCAAAAAGUCCUUCAUUUCGUGGAUUAAGAAGAUGAAGGCUUUUGUUCCAUGAAAUGUAUUAUGGUGAAGAAGAGAUAGAGAGAGUUCAUAUAUACAUGUGUACAAAUAAGAAAAUGAAGCCUAGGGAGAGUACCUAUAACAUGCAUAUGUAAUUACAAUAAAAAAUGUUAUUCUUACAUUUUAUUUGUACCAUCAUUUGUAUCGUCUCUCUAAUAGAGAUGAGACAUACAUAGUGGACCCUACUUCUAUUACAAAGAUGAUACAAAUAGCGGUGUAAAUAGAUAAUAAGUGUAAAUUUUCUUCAAUUUGUACGGGGUUUUUUUAACAUCUAAAAGUUAGAUGCA